AUGACCUCGGAUGACGAGUACGACGCGUUUUAUCCCCCGCUCGACCCCGCCGCCCUCGCAGAGAUAGAAGAACUCGUGUCCCAUCCCGUCCGCUCGCCCCUUCGUCCCUCUGCAGCUCCGUCAAAGGUUCCCCAUACGCCUUCACCCAUAAAGCCCCUUCCGGCGUCCGCCUCCUCGACCGCCUCGAGCGCAAGCCGGCCACCACCACCAUCCCCGCCAGACGUCGAAGAUUUCGACGACGAUGAUCCGUUCUUUGCAGACCUCACCGACGCCGACUUUGCGGCGAUCGACGCGUGCGCCCUCGCGGCUAUUGCCGUCCGUGCGCCUGCUCCGCUUCCUCCCCCACCCGAGGUGGGAAGACGCCCCAGAGCCACUGUCCCCCGAGCCGGGGGAGGAGGAACAAGUCCAGGACGCGGAGGAGGGGGCGCUGACGGGCACGGAGGUCCUCGCCUUGAAGUCGCCUUGGAGCAGGGUGCACGCGCUGACUCGUCUCCCCGUUCUGGGCCUCGCGCCAAGGGCACGCCAUACCAGUUGUUCCGCGGCUGGAAGCGCCCGCUGUCCGUCACGGAUCUGACGGCCCCAUCAUGGUGCGAGGUGCAGUUCGACUAUGGGCUGCGCCAGAAGAGGAACUUGAAGAUGGAGCAGCGACCGACGUCGUUUACUUCCGCCGCGGGCAAGCAGAUCGAGGUCAUCACUACGGUCGCGGAAUCAAACGAACGCACGACCAGCCGGGGCAAGUCGAUACAUAAGGCUCUUGAGCUUGAACUGGCACCUGAUACGGUCAAGGUUCAGAUCAAGUCGGCCGAGGAACGAUGGGCAUUGCGCGUGAUCAACAUGUAUGCGUCAUUCCAAGCUUUGUCCGAGGUUGGCGUAUGCCGCGAGAUGCCUGUGUUUGGUUUUGUAAACGACCAGCUUGUAACAGGCAUCAUUGACGAGGUUGUACGCAAACCAAUGCCAACACUUGAACCUACUAGAAGCAGCCCAUCCAAACGCUCAGCCUCUGGUGCUUCUCCGGCAAGUAGCUCGCCUCACCGAUCGAAGAGGAUUCGACAAGACCAGCCAAUCACUUCUUUCUUCUCCUCGCCCUCGAACGCUUCAGAACUACCUGUUUUCGAUGAUUCGCCUGACGGAAUGCCACCUCGCUUCGCUUUGCAUAUUUCCGAUACCAAGAGCCGAACCAAACCUUACCUACCACCAGACGAGGACACUGUUGCCUCGCGCCUCCAGCUGAUGCUCUAUCACCGCCUGCUCAGUUCCCUCCUCGCUACCGCUCAUCCCCACCGCUCCUCAUCUGUUCCCCUCGACUUCAAAUUCCUCUGGGAACGCGCUGGCGUCGACCCUGCCAAGCGCUUCUCAGACACUUUUAUCGAGGACGCCGGCAUCGGACCUGCGACAACCCAAGACCUCGCCAAUUACUCAACCCAGUCGCUCGUCAACGUGUCCUGUCUAAACGACCUCAUACCACACUGGACACAUUCCAUAGAAGCGCUCUACAUUGCCGGCGUCGACGAGAAUCUAACACUCGUCUAUCGCCUCCAACCAUCCACGCGACGGGGCAAGAAGGGUCAACGUCACUCGCGUCGGCGCAACGGGGACGAGCCUCUGACUGAGCAGGAAGCCCACGACCUCGCGGCCGCCAUCCAGGCGAGCGUGAGCGACCUACGUCCCGGUGAGGGAGGUGAGGGCGACUUGGCGAAGGCGAUGUUCACGAGCCUUUCGGACUCGCUCGCGUCGGGCCGUGUGGCAGAUGGCGAUCUGGGCGUGCUCACGCAUCCGUUCGGCCCUCCUCUCGAAGCCACCGGUCUAGACGGGAGCUUGGGUGGCGACCCGCAGCUUGCGUGGGCGCUACAAGAGUCCCUCCUCGCGCAGGCGAAAGAGGUCCCGGUGCUCAAGGAUGCGAUUGCAGACGCGGAGGCCUCCGCGUCUGAGGACCCAUCGACGGAGGAGUCGCUGGCGCCCGUCCCGGAGGAAGUCGAGCCAGCACCAUCCAACUCAACCUUGGUGGGUUCGGAGCCCCCGAAGACCGCGCCAUCAUCUCCGCAUGCCGCACAAGAUGAAGACACGGAAAUCGCAGUCGAGGACGCCCGAAUUCUUGGGAAAAAAGAGUUCGUAUAUGACGAUGCUUACCUCGAUUCGUACAUGGCCCGCGUGCUUGCGUGGUGGCAUGGCGAGCGUGCGCCAGAAGGCGUGGAGGUCGGGCUCACGAGGCGUUGCAUGACGUGCGAGUACCGCGAUGGCUGCGAGUGGAGGGAGAAGAAGGCGCAAGAGGCGUUAGAUCAGUAUCAAGAUCAUAGCCAACCUGCCGCAGCCGUGUCUAUCGCCGCGGAACCUUGGUUGUGA